AUGCUAUUCUUGGUGCUAAAAAUUUUAAUCUCUUGUAGCUUGUAAGCAGAGAGUAAUUAAAGAACCAAACAUGUUAGCGACUCUUCGUUUUGUUGUUGUUUUUCUUGGCAAUAUUGCCUCAGUUGCACUUUAUGCUGCCCCAAUUGUUACAUUCAAAAGGGUGAUAAAGAAUAAAAGCACAGAAGAGUUUUCAUGCAUUCCUUACAUAAUUGGAUUGUUGAACUGUCUCCUUUUCACUUGGUAUGGUUUGCCUGUUGUAAGCUACAAAUGGGAAAAUUUAGGUCUUGUAACGGUUAAUGGAGUUGGAAUUGUUCUUGAGUUAUCCUAUGUUCUCAUUUAUUUCUUCUAUGCUCCACCCAGAGGAAAGGUAAAGGUGGGUAUGAUAACGACACUUGUUGUGGUAGUGUUCUGCAUAAUUGCUACAGUAUCAGCUUUUUCAUUGCACGAUACUGAACACCGAAAGCUACUCGUUGGUAUCACAGGCUUGUGUGUUUCUAUUGCAUUGUACGGUUCUCCUCUUGUUGCAAUGAAGAAAGUUAUAGAAACAAAGAGUGUGGAAUUCAUGCCACUUCCGUUAUCUAUGUGUGCUUUUUUAGCUAGUGCUUUGUGGUUGACUUAUGGACUCCUCGUUCGUGAUAUCUUCAUUGCGGGUCCAAGUGUAUUUGGAACUCCCUUAAGCAUCCUCCAACUCUUCAUCUACUUUAAAUACAGGAGAGAGAGGAUUGUGGAUGAACCAAACAAUGGGGAUUUGGAAAGAGGUAGCAUACAGUUAGAGGAGGUGUACUUGGAAAAGAAUGAUGUCACAAAUUGUGAACAAUGUUAAUGUUGUCAAAGGAGAAGAAAGGUCCAAGGUUUUUAAGAGUUCUACUAUUCAGAUUUCUUCUUUUAUGUCUUCUUCUUCUUUUUUUUUUUUUUUUUCGUUUAGUUUUGUUAAAAUAUUAUUUCCUUAGGCAUCCAUGUAGUGAUCAAAUUAAAUUCUAACUUCUGAUAAAUACUUUAUUUAUUUAUUUU